GGAAAUUCACAAAAUGUGAAAAAUGAAUAGACCCCUUUUUGGCUAACCUCCCUUGUUGAGCGCCGCCAUCCGCUUUACAACCCUUUUGUGAAAACGUUUAUGUUUCUGUUGUCCCUCCGUUUGCCUUCAUUUUUGGAUCCAUUCCCGGGGUUCUGCGCCCCUCUCCUACUUCUCAUAAAAUGUAACCACGGCGCGCCAUGGAGUACAGCGACGAGGACGAUAUCGACGUGGAGGAAAUUCUGAAGCAGGCCGAGAACAUCGAAUGCGUAGACGAAAACAGCAUCAAAAAAUUGGCCACCGUUUUGAGGAAAAAAAAAAACAAAAAUGAGCGAGACAGAAUGGAACACCCAGACAACCCCGAAAAGUGGGUGACCAGCGAAGUGGACCUAGACGAAAUCCUAGUGAACAUAAAAAACCUAAGUGUGUGCUCAAACCUGUACAGUAGCAUGGUGGAAAGCGAAAUUCUGGGAGACAUCAUCGAUUUGUUAAACCACCCCAACAACGACAUUGUGAUUGAAGUGAUCGACAUCGUUAAGGAAAUAACCAACCCGUCGAAUCUGUACGAAUUGGAUAAGAAGGAAAAUGAAAAGGUAGUGGAAUGCCUGAACAAGAAAAAGCUGUGCCAUUUUCUUAUAAACAUAUUGGAAAAAAUAAAUGAAGAGGAAAAUGAGGAGUACUACAAUGCCAUGUCCUCCAUCCUGAACAUUUUGGAAAAUAUUUUCGAGCUGGAAAAUGAUUUACAAAAUGAUUUGCUAACCAAUUCGAAGCUGUUAUUUUUUCUCUUAAAAAGAAUAAGUACGGAGCUGCGAAGUGAUGACUCCAAUUCGUUAAACGCAAGUGAAAUAUUGGUCCUCCUCAUUCUGAGGAUUAACCAGUUUGCAGAAAAUGUAUACAAAGAUUUUUACUACACCAUUUCGAUUUUUAACUCUCUCUUGAAAUACAUUUCAAAGUACAAAGAUAAUGAUCCCCCAAACAUUAACAAGAAAGAAAUAUUGCUUAACAUUUUUCAAGCGCUUGGAAAUUUGCUUCUCCUAAGUGAAAAUAAAAACGUAUUCGAUAGCACUAAUGGCUUCGAAUUAAUGCUCAAGUUACUGAGUGGGAGGAAAUUCCUUUGCUUCCCCGCUCUCAAAAUUUUUGCAAUCACACUUAACGACAAAGAUACGUGUAACAAAUUUGUGCAACUGAAUGGGCUGAAGUACCUCUUCUGUCUCUUUAUGUUAAGGAACAUCAAAAAGAGUAAAGUCCACGUUUUCGAAUUUGAGGAAAAUAUAAUCACCGUCAUUUCGAAUUUGUGCCUGUGCUGUACAGAUACUUCUUUGGGGAGAGUGCUCAACAAAUUUGGGGAAAAAAAAUGCGAAAAGAUAAGUCGACUGCUAGAAAUCAGACAGAAGUAUAGCGACAUUAUUCUCAACGAAAAGAAGAAAAAAAAGCAAAAAUUAUUAUUAAAUGAAAAUCUGCAAAAAAUGAACAUUCAAAUUGACGACGAUUGCAAGAAAAAUUUGGAAUACAUCGAAUUGUGCGACAAGGGAUACCUCAUUUAUCAGCUCACCGACGUCAUUUUGAUAGCUCUUUUUUUUCAAAACAACUCCUACAUUUCGAACAACAUUUUUAUUCACCUCUACACGCGCGCGGUUGACAUACAGUCCAUAUAUGAGAACAUACUGGGUAAGCCAGCCAAUACGCCUCAUGCAAGUGAAUACGCGGCAUGCAAGCGAAUACGCGGCAUGCAGGCGCACACUCAGCAGGCAAUCGCGUCAUCCGCGUCAGCGCUAGGAAGUGUUCCCCAUAGCAGCGUUACACGUGUGCCCCCUUUUUAA